AUGUUCUCCGCCAGGAUUUUUGUCAGACUGCCAUUCCAACCUAAUUUAACCAACCGCACAGUGGAUAUUCUGGAAAAUCCUUUGCCAGAAAUCACCAAUGAUUUGGUGAAACCGGAAACCGUUGGCUAUUUGCCGGUACACAUUGUGCGCUUUUACAGGACUGUACCCAGUGGAGACAGCCAUAGUUUCUGCUGGACCGAAUGCAUCAGUCUCUUGUCGGUGCUGCUGUACGUUCGCCCAUCGGUCAUCUACAUUCACACUAAUUAUCCGGAUUAUUGGCCUUUAGGGCGGUGCUACAUGAUUACUGAUUAUUCAAAGAUCAGACUGAUCUAUCGACGGCGACGCAUGGUGGCCCACGGCCGACCAAUUAAGCGCGUUCCUCACGAAGCCGAUAUGGUGAAGUAUAGCGUUGCCUACAAAUAUGGCGGAAUUGUUAUGGACAUUGAUGUGUUCUACUUGCCGAAAAUGAUGCCCUUGUUAAAAAAAAAAUGGAGAGAUGGAAAGUACGAAUGUUUGCUUACGCGGGAGGACCGCGUGAUGAAUAGCGGAUUUAUCGCGUGCCAUAAAGGUCAUCCUUAUAUUCGUGAUACUCUUAUCCGCUAUCGCGAUGAUUACCGCGACAGCUGGCUAUACAAUAGCGGCAGCGUUCCCUGGGAAGUUUACAACAAAACUCCCGAGUACAAGACGAAACUGUACGUCGACCACCAGAUGGGCAACCACAGCAACACAUACCGAGGACCCAUUCGCCGCGGAAGGUUACGAGGCCUUCCCUUAUUCGACUACGCCGAAAAGGACAACUGCCACCACGAGAAAAUCAAGGACUGCUACGCUGCAUACGAGAAUCUCAGCUGUGCAGCCAGAACUCAGCCGUCAUAA